AUGUCGCACCGACACUCAUAUCUCUCCACAACCGGUCUCGUCCGACCCGGCUCCUCCCUGUCCAUGGCCUCUGUAGCCUCUACCUCCGAGGACACGGCCUCGACACCGGAAACUCUCCCGGCGUCAAGGGCAUCGUCUAGGCCCGUACCAACACCUCGCCCGGCAGCUAAGACAUACAAACCACUCACCACGAAAGCAGGCAUCAUCCCUCUCGGCCCUGGCUUCUUCGUGUGGAUAUCUGCCAUUCUAUCGCUGCUCUUCAUAUCCUGUCUUUCCUUCGCCUUCAUCCCCGAUGACGACCAACGACCCGCAUUUGGUGCCGAGCUCGACGACGUCGCUGCCAACAGCCCUGGGAUCGUUCUCAUCGGCGAUGACGUCGACGUCGAUAUCGAUGAACCAGCAUUGACUAUCCGGUGGUCCAUUAUCGCGUGUGGUGACGCGUACAUGCUGGCAGGGUCUGCGGGGACCCAUGGUAGCAAUAACUGUGGGCUUCCCGCCAUGCCGUUGCACAUCUUCGUCGACGGGAAUCCUGAACCUGCUGCAUCCUACGACCCGACCACUCUGCCAUGGACCUCCAACGGACGAAGAAACAGUAUCCAGAACUUGUUCCAAUUCGACGACGAUCACGUCUUGGAUGUCCACAACGCUCGUUUGUAUCCCUUCGACACCUACCUGCUCACGAGCACUAUCAGGGUGGUCUCGGCGACCGACAACACGAGCCUCCCUCUGCAGAAGAUGGCGACCAUUACACUCACAUCUAGUUUCGUCACCAUCUCCGACGACUCCGCCAGCACUACCAAGAUAGAUAACACGAUAGAUGAGGCGUCCCGGGACCUCAGCUUGGACGUGAGUCGACCGCCGGAAGCUCGCAUGUUCGCUCUUCUCCUGUUCGCGGCGAACUGGAUGCUGGCGCAUGCCUCGUUAGGAAUGGUCGUGCUGUCGUCCAAGUCGAACGACUGCGAGAAGUACACGCGGCACUUGGUCGCUGUGCUGGUGAUCAUGCUCGCCGUGCCGCAACUGCGCAACUCCAUGCCGGACGCGCCUGGCUUCGAUGGUGAAAAAUUGUACGAGCUGACGUUACGCGCAGAUGCUAUUGGGUUCUUCCCUCAGAUGCUUUUAUGCGCCGGAUCCGGCAUUGCGAUCAUCUGCCUGAUGGCGAAGCGCGAGCUGCAGGAAAUGGAGGGUGCGGACGAAGAGCGGACGGAGGAGGAGCCUCGCAAAGAGGGUCCUGCGCCUUUGUCCACGGGCUUGAUGAAGAUGCGUCGAGGGGGCGCAUCGAUUGACAUGGGUCAUAUCAGGAACUUCAGCAGGAAGCUUUCUGUUAGCUUUGGGCGCGGUUGA